AUGAAGUUUACUAGCAUUGCUGCUGUGGCAACUUUUGUAGCCGCAUCAAGUGCUGCCGCUAUUUACCCAGAUCAGUUUGCGCCUGGUGCUGCAGACCUUGUCAUUUCUGGUGCUGCUUAUCAAAACUUAUUAAACCAAUUACAUAUUGAUGCUGUUACUGCUUCUGCCUUAGGUUUGACCGAGGGUAAAACUGCUGCCGAGUUAGCAUCUGACUUGUCAAACAUCUUAGAAAGACAAACCAAGAGAUCUGCUUUUACUCCAGUUUCAACUAAUGAUGCAAAAGAUGGUAUCGACGCUUUAGUCUCUGGCUCAAUUGAUACCGACACUCCUUACGGAUUCAACAAGUUGUUGAACAUUUUGAACAUUGACGAAGAUACUGCUACUCAAUUAGAUAUUGUUCAGGGAUACCCACAAUCCCACUUGGUAGAACGUUUAGCCCAAAUUGCUUAUCAUGAUGACUUAGAAAAAAGAGGUAUUGCUUCUUCUCUCAUUGAACUUCCAGUUCACUUAUUAACUGCUGCCAUUGACCUUUUGUUCAGGGGUGUUAUUGUCCCAGGUGCUGCUGGUUUCGACACUUUGCUCGGAAUUUUGGGAAUCAACACUACUGUUGCUGAAGACAUUGGAUUGAAAGUUGACUCAACCGUUGAAGAAUGGGUCGCAGCCAUUGCUAAGAUUAUCGGAUCAGUUGCUGACAGUGCUGUUAGCGGUAUUACCAGCGGUAUUAGUGGUGGUCUUAGCGGUAUCUUCGACAACAAAGUUAAGGUUGUCGCUAAAAGAGGUAUUGCUUCCACUCUUAUUGAGAUCCCAGUUCACAUAUUGACUGAUGCUAUUGACCUUUUGUUCAGGGGUGUUAUUGUCCCAGGUGCUGCUGGUUUUGACACUUUGCUCGGAAUUUUGGGAAUCAACACUACUGUUGCUGAAGACAUUGGAUUGAAAGUUGACUCAACCGUUGAAGAAUGGGUCGCAGCCAUUGCUAAGAUUAUCGGAUCAGUUGCUGACAGUGCUGUUAGCGGUAUUACCAGCGGUAUUAGUGGUGGUCUUAGCGGUAUCUUCGACAACAAAGUUAAGGUUGUCGCUAAAAGAGGUAUUGCUUCCACUCUUAUUGAGAUCCCAGUUCACAUAUUGACUGAUGCUAUUGACCUUUUGUUCAGGGGUGUUAUUGUCCCAGGUGCUGCUGGUUUUGACACUUUGCUCGGAAUUUUGGGAAUCAACACUACUGUUGCUGAAGACAUUGGAUUGAAAGUUGACUCAACCGUUGAAGAAUGGGUCGCAGCCAUUGCUAAGAUUAUCGGAUCAGUUGCUGACAGUGCUGUUAGCGGUAUUGCUAGCGGUAUUAGUGGUGGUCUUGGUGGUAUCCUCGACAACAAAGUUAAGGUUGUCGCUAAAAGAGGUGUCGCAAGUGACCUUAUUGAACUUCCAGUUCACUUCUUGACUAUUGCCAUUGACCUUUUGUUCAGGGGUGUUAUUGUCCCAGGUGCUGCUGGUUUUGACACUUUGCUCGGAAUUUUGGGAAUCAACACUACUGUUGCUGAAGACAUUGGAUUGAAAGUUGACUCAACCGUUGAAGAAUGGGUCGCAGCCAUUGCUAAGAUUAUCGGAUCAGUUGCUGACAGUGCUGUUAGCGGUAUUGCUAGCGGUAUUAGUGGUGGUCUUGGUGGUAUCCUCGACAACAAAGUUAAGGUUGUCGCUAAAAGAGGUAUCGCUUCCACCGCCAUUGAACUUCCAAUUCACUUCUUGACUAUUGCCAUUGACCUUUUGUUCAAGGGUGCUAUUGUCCCAGGUGCUGCUGGUUUCGACACUUUGCUCGGAAUUUUGGGAAUCAACACUACUGUUGCUGAAGACAUUGGAUUGAAAGUUGACUCAACCGUUGACCAAUGGGUCUCAGCCAUUGCUAAGAUCAUCGGAUCAGUUGCUGACAGUGCCGUUGGUGGUAUUACUGGCGGUCUUGGUAGUAUACUCAACAACAAAGUUAAGAUUGUUGCUUAA